UUGUGUGUUUUUCUCAUGAAGGGACAURUUUCUACCACUAGAGGGAGACAUCUACCUGCUUAUUCCCUCCUGAACAAGAGCAGCAUCGUUUCCUGCUCGUCUGAUGUGGAGCACCCUCGGCCGAGCUGCAUGGAGGCACAGGGAGGGGCAGGGAGCCCAGAGCCCAAUAAAGACAUCCAGAAGCUGCUGAAGCCRUCCAGCUCAGGUGGUCUGUCCAAGGAGCUGUUCCAGCUCCCAUCAGAAGAGGAGGAGGGCACUUUGUCCGGGCACACCGCUAGUUUGCUGCACAUCACUGAGAAAAGACAACCGCUGAGUAGUGUGUCAUCCUUGGAGGUGCACUUUGACCUCUUAGAUUUGACUGAGCUGACYGACAUGUCGGAUCAGGAGCUGGCUGAAGUCUUUCCCGACUCUGAUGAAGAAAACCAUAAUCAGUCCCCAGCAGGUUCCCAUCACCCGGUGCUCCCCAGGAGUGGCUACAUGCGCUCUCCAUCAUGGACUCGCUGCAGUAAAGUGGAGACUCCCCGAGAGAGAAAACAUCACAGUGACUCAGACACCACCGAUCCCUUAAUGAAGCUAGAAAGGCCAAAGCAUCCCUAAAUGUUCACGUCAAACAGGAAAGAGGAAAAACCCUGAGCGGCAGAGGCGCAGUCAGAGCCGUAAAACUAAACCGACCAUCUGCCUCUGUGCACCCACAAGAUGUCCUGUGGUGCUGAGGAGUUCAGCCUGAGCUCUGGACACUGUGCCCCCUACUGUCAGGAUGUUGAGAUGUGCAGCAUCAACACUCCUUUGUCCUUCCCUGUCCCUUUUUUUUCUUUUUCAUAAAAACACAAGCAAACACAUGAGGUUUAGUUCCUGCAGAGAGUUUUUACCCUUUGAGCUGCCUGAUCAUUUAAAGUUUUGGUUUUAAGGUGAGAAACACACACACACACACACACACACAGUAUUAGACACGCACACACAUGCUGUCAAGACACAGACAAGGUACAAGAUCAACGCCUUCAUCCUUUCAGCACCUCAGGGUGGGUCAGCAGGGUAAGUUGUAGCCACAGCUACACUUUUGAUGAGACAAUAAUAUCUGAUCUGCAUCGAGCUCGUUGACAGGGUUUUUCUGCUGCCUUAACAGUGAGGCUCAUCUCUCUGUCCCAGCUUCUCUUUCUUGAUCAUCAAAAUCUUAGUUUAAAAAAUGCACUUAUUUCACCAACKUGCAUUUCCAAUGUGCCCCCAGAAUUACUGACUUUUGGUGUGGAUGAUUUAAACAAUGAACAAAGCAAACAUGUUUUUUUCUUUUAUUUAAAUUUUUAUUUUAAAAACCAAGUUAAAAGCCAUCCAGACAUGUAAUAAUUAAACUAAACUAGUGGAGCCUAAUUUAAAAGAAAUCAAGGUAAGAAUCACAGCAAGAGGCAGCUGGAUUUGUGCCAAAAUACACAAAGUGCCAACAGUUGCAUCACCAUAAAAUCAGAUUUUUUUUUUUGUUUUUGUCACUGAAUAAAAAGCCAAUUAUUUGUUUUAUUUGGAAUGUUUUAAGCUUGUCUCCACCAGAAGAGCCAACAAGGCUGAACUCUGUGGAACAAUUAAUUAAAAAUGAAGGAUGGAGAAAAAA